AUGGGGUUUUUGUGGCUAUUUUCAGUUGUUUUCAUACUCACUGGACCAUCAGUGAGCAAUGGUGGCUACUGGCCACCUUCACCUGGGUUCUACCCAAGCUCAAAGUUCAGGUCCAUGACCUUUAACCAAGGCUUCAGAAACCUUUGGGGUCCCAACCACCAGACCAUCAACAACAAUGCCCUAGCCAUCUGGCUCGACCGUACAUCAGGAAGCGGGUUCAAGUCGGUGAAACCCUUCCGAUCCGGCUACUUCGGAGCAUCCAUCAAACUUCAACCGGGUUAUACUGCUGGAGUCAUAACAGCAUUCUACCUAUCAAACAAUGAAGCACAUCCAGGGUUCCAUGAUGAAGUGGACAUAGAAUUCCUUGGAACAACAUUUGGGAAACCAUACACAUUGCAAACAAAUGUGUACAUAAGAGGAAGCGGAGAUGGCAAGAUUAUUGGAAGAGAGAUGAAAUUCCAUUUAUGGUUUGACCCCACCAAAAAUUUUCAUCACUAUGCAAUCUUGUGGACCCCUUCUCAUAUCAUAUUUUUUGUUGACGAUGUGCCGAUUAGAAGGUAUCUAAGGAAAAGUGCGGCAACGUUUCCGUUAAGGCCAAUGUGGUUAUACGGCUCCAUUUGGGACGCGUCCUCUUGGGCCACUGAAGACGGUAAAUACAAAGCCGACUAUAGGUACCAACCAUUCGUUGGAAGGUUCACCAACUUCAAAGCAUCGGGUUGCUCUGCCUACUCAGCACCACGGUGCCACCCUGUGACCGCCUCCCCAGGACGGUCCGGGAGGCUUAGCAGGAGGCAGACUACGGUCAUGAAAUGGGUACAAAGCCGUUACAUGGUUUAUAACUAUUGCUGGGACAACAAAAGGGACCAUUCCUUGACACCAGAAUGCUGGAAAUAAGUGAUUGGACCAUUUUACCCCCCAUACAACUUAAGGGCACAUGGGUCUUUUGUAGCCUUUAAGUGAAGGGCACUUUUUUUUAGGGUCCUUUUUUUCUAUAGGGUGUGUUGAGAUGGGUCCACAAAGGUUGGUUCAGCAUCCAAAGCCCUCUGGAACAGCAAACAGCUUUUUAUUGUGUGGU